AUGACCCGAAAGAAGGGAAAAAAGAGAGACUCACCUGCCACGUAUGAUGCCGCCACUUUAGCCGAAGCACGCGAUCUUCAGGCCCAAGAGCUGGAAGUACUGCAGGCUAUAUACGACUGUGACUUAGUAGCGCAGAGCUCGACGCCGCUGUACUCGUAUAUCUUCGCUAUCCGGUUGCUGUGUGAGGCAGCUCCAGGCUCCGCCACUACAGCCGAGGUGUUGCUGCACUUCGACUUCACAAGGGCCUACCCGCUCAAACAGCCGCCUAAUAUAACUGUGGAAGCUAAGCACGGACUGUCGGAUACUGAGACGCAGAAAUUACAGCGUGGAAUGGAGACACUUGCGCUUGAAAAGGUCGGAGAUGCCGCGGUUUACGACCUCGUGGUGUUCGCCACAGACUUCAUCCAGGACCACCUCAAGGACCAGUCGUCGUUCUUUGAUCAAAUGAUGACGCGUCAACAAGACAAAGAAACUAAGGAGAAGAUGGCCGAGGACGCUCUGAUACAGCAGCAGGAGGAGCACGCCAGAGCCAAAAGCGAGGAAAUUCUGGCUCUGAUCGACGCCGAGAGGAAGAAGAGAGAGACCAUUAAGAAGACAAGACGGAGGAGGAGACGACACCGAUCUAGCAUUGAUGGAGAGUACGACGGAAGCGACGGAGAGAGUCGAGACGACCUGGAGAGCAUGUCGAGUAUCUACGAACAGCAAACGGAAGCGAGCUCGAAGAAGGAUGACGCCAGUUCGUCAAGUCCAUCGGAUUCAGACUCGGAUACGUCCGAUUUGGAUGCUGCAGCAGCUGCGGAACGAUACCAUUCGAGGUAUCAUGGAGACUUCAAGGAGCUUGGACUGCUGGGACGCGGAGGGGGAGGCGAAGUGGUCAAAGUGCAGAAUCGCCUGGAUCGACAACUCUAUGCUGUCAAAAAAGUAAAAUUGGAUCCGGAUGAUAAGACGAUGAAGAAGAAGAUCUUGCGUGAGGUGAAGACUAUCUCGCGAAUGCAACACCGACAUAUCGUUCGGUACUUCCAGGCCUGGAUUGAAGGCGAAAGUGGAAUGUCCAGUGACGACGAAGAAGAGGACAGUGAUUUAAGUGAUCAAGAGAGUGAGCUCAGUGACGCGGUGGGUACGAUGGGCAGCAGUACAGGACUGUGGUCGACGUCUCGCCAUGACAGUCGCAGUCUCCGCAGUAAUAGCCAUUCAUUCCAUUUUUCUUCGCAUCAUUUAGCGUCCGAGAGCUAUCCAGACGAUGGAUUCGAGUGGGAAACGCUGGAAGAAGCUCCAAUGGAAGUAGUUGAUGACUCCAGCGAAGAUGAAGACGACGGAUAUCAUCAAAAGGUAUUACCACACAGAAGCCCCGUGCCCGAGAAGAAGCGGAAGUUUGAAAAGUUGUACAUCCAGAUGGAAUAUUGUGAAGGUAAUGCUCUCAGAGAGGUGAUCGACAAGGGUGCACUGUGGAAAGACCCGGACAAGAUCUGGACGAUGUUUCGUCAAAUUCUGGAGGCGCUCGUGUAUAUCCAUCGGCAGGGCAUCAUCCACCGCGACAUCAAACCGCCCAAUGUCUUUCUUGAUUCGAAGGGAACAGUCAAGCUAGGAGAUUUCGGUCUAGCUGUUCGGCCUCCCAAGGUGUUGGAAGAUGACAGCAGCAACGACGACUCCUCGCCACCCGGGGAGACUGCGACUGGCGCUAUUUUAUCCGAGUCAACUGGUUCUUCAGCUGCUGAGCUGUAUGGACGCUUGAAGCUCGAGAACUUGGAGAGUACGCGAGUUGUCGGUCGAUCAAGCGUUCAGAAUAGCAAUCUCAUGACGACGAUGUCGGCGGAUGUGGGUGACGGGAACAUUACUGCUGGAGUCGGUACUGCAUUCUAUCGAGCGCCAGAGCAGGAACGAGAAGGUCAGCGAUACAACCAGAAGGCAGACUUGUUCUCUCUUGGAAUUUUGUUCUUUGAAAUGUGGUCGCCGCCAUUUACGACGUUGAUGGAGCGUGCACAAGCACUUACCGGUCUGAGAGAAAGACACGAGCUUCCGGAAGCUUUCACGGCCUCGGAUGAUGUAAAGAAGAUUAUCCUGUGGCUUUGUGAACGUGAUCCAUCCAAGAGACCAAAUGCAAAGGAGCUGCUGGCAAGCUCCUUGUUGCCUGCCAAGAUGGAGGUCGAAGGAUCUUAUCUUCGUGAGGCUCUAGAUACACUCGCGAAUCCGCAAGGCAAGUUUUUCGGACAGCUUAUUGAUGCGCUGGUCUCACAGGAACCUCUCAACCACGUCGACUACACGUACGACCACUUGGAAUCGGUCAAAAUGCGCAGCUACGAGGCCCAGUUGCGCACCAAAACCUAUGUCAGGAAUGUGCUACAGAAAGUGUUUGAGCGUCAUGGAGCUGUCGAAAUGUCGACGCCACUGCUGAUGCCUCGACUUUCGGAGCAGACCUUUAACGGCAUCACUCUUAACGCUCCACCGAACGCAUCCAUGAUGUUAGAUGGAAAUGGCGUGUCGGUGUCGCUGCCGUUUGAUUUGACUGAGAGACUUGCUCGCUUCGUCGCACGACACAACGUUUUACGGCUGAAAUGUUUCCAAUUCGACCGAGUCUAUCGGAAGAGCGUUGGUGGCGGCCAUCCACGAGAGUUUAACGAGUCUGACUUCGACAUUAUUUGGGAUGAUGGAGGUUCGUUCCGUUUCUUGGAGCUGGAGGGAUUGGAAGUCGUGUCGGGCGUGAUCAGAGCGUUGCCCAGUCACCUAGGAUCUUAUUAUCUGCGAUUUAAUGACGCUCGAGUGACGCGCGGUAUUCUCGAUCUGUGUCGCGUUCCAAGCAGUGCACGUCGCGAAGUGCUACGUCUGCUGUCAAACGAAGUGUCGUUCUACGUGCACGCUCGUCCUCCAUCUACGCAAGCUCCUAGCUUGAAACCGAGUCGAUGGAAGUUUGUUGCAAAGCGCUUGAAGCACUACGGCGCGCCACCAAGCGUUAUCGAGGCACUGAAACCUUUUUUUCUCCUGCCAGAAGACUGUCUGACGUCGCUGGAUAUGAUCGAGUUGGAAGUGCAGAAACUGUUUGCAAAGAAUCGAGCUCUAACAACGCGUGACUCGACCACGGAUGGCGAUGCUGCAGACCGAAAGCAGAUACAAAAGCGAGAUGCCCAGCUACGACGUGUUGUGAAGGACGUGAUAGAAGGUAUCACGUCGUUGCGCUUAUUGCUGCAAGGUAUGCAGUUCCUCCAGCUGUCUGGUCCAGUUUGUACACGAUUAGACUUGGGGCUGAGUCCGCGUCCUGAACGGUAUUCGUCAGGCUUCAUCUUCCAGGCUAUUCUACUUGAAGAGUCCACAAAUGGUGGUAAUAAUGGCGGCAAAAUUGCAUCGUUAUUAGUGGCAGCGACAGAUAACCAGAUCAUCAUUGCCGAGGGUGGACGCUACGACGCUCUGGUUUCACGUUUCCAACUGACGACUGCUUACGCAAAAUCUUCUGCGGUUGCUGCCAUGGGGGUGCGCUUUGCUAUUGAUAAGAUUGUUUCGUUACUGGCAGAGUCCAUGGGCUCAACGCUGUUGGAGUUAAAAUCACCAGCUUCGGAAGUAUUGACGGGUGGCCGCAAGGUCUUGAUCUGCUCAGCUGGUAAGGCGUCCGAUACGAUGCUGUUCCGAAUGCAGAUUGCCAUGCUCUUGUGGGGACAGGGCAUUGGCGCAGAUUAUCUUCACCCAGAGCCGCUGCACUUGGAAGACUUGGAAGACUACUGCGCUCAGCAAAAUGUACACUGGAUGGUGAUUGUCCAGAAGCAUAUGAUUCGAGAUAAGCAGCAAGUGAAGAUUCGUGCAGUGAAAAGCCAUUCUGAAGCUGACGUGGUUACGAAUGUGGCGUCGUUACCGGAAUGUAUCAGUGAAUUACUGGAGAACUUUGGCAAGAGUUCACAUGGCGAUACUGCGAACGGUGGUGGACGUGGAAAUAGCCAUUUUGGAGACAACAUGAGCAGCAAUAACAGCGGUGGCGGAGGCAAUUCCUCGUCGAAUGGAAAUACGCUGCAGCCAAUCUUCGACGUUCGGGUGGUCGAUGCCAAAUACCAAUCACGAGAUAGAAACUACCGCAACUAUCAGCUUGAUACGCAGAAGGUUCAGCGCCGAGUCUCCAAGUGGAUCUCGUCCAGCUUCUCGUCGCGAGGGGAGGAAGCCAUGAAGGUUUUGUCGGUUGACUUGCCCUUUGUAUUGGUACGCGAGAUGUCGUCGGCACUGAUGGAAGGAGGACACAGCGGUAUCGACACUGUAUGUGCUAAUAAUCCAAGGUAUCGGAAGCAGCUCAAGUAUACCAUGGAAGAGGUGUUAUCCCUCACUCCGACAUCGAACUCUCGCGGUGUAGGGCGUGAGCGAUAUGUGCUCCUGCACAGCAUGGUAGACGAUCGAUACGACAUGAUGUCGCUCGCCCCGCCGUCCAAAUCUAGUGGUCGUAAGAGAUAG